GUAUUCAAGUACAGGAAUGAAGAAUUUAAAAUUCCCGACUACAUAGUUUUUCUACGUAUAUUCAAAAUUCAAAAUUCAAAAACUUGUGUCUAGUAUCAUCCUCGGCAGCGGGCACCAAACGGGUGAAAAAUACAUGAGAAAUUCUGCGUUAUAAUUUAGCUAAACAAAAAUGAAUUGGGCGAUGUAGGAAUUUCUUGUUUGCAAAAAUGGCGGCUGGAGCUAUUAAACCACUGCAAUUUGUUCGCAAGCCAGACCUUACAGCACCCGAUUUUUGGGAUGAAUUUCUGCAUUAAGCUCAUCUCUAUGGACAACUGCUUGCACUUUAUACAGAAGGUUUGUAAAGAAAGGACAAAGGAAGAAAUAGAUGCCCCGCACUGGACAGAUUUGGCUCUGGAGGGAAACCUUAAUGCUCACGACAGGGAUGACACGUGGUUCCACACUGAGCAUUUGUUUCAUCAACAUUCUUUUCAAGACCUUGUUUCUUCUUCUUCAUUGGGUUUCAAAGUGAAAGGCAAGGUGUCAAAUUCAGUCUAUUUGUCUCCUACUGAUGUGCACUCGGUUACCAAAUCAAGGGUUAGGACACAUGAGAACCCAGCUCAGCCAAUGAAAAAGGGGAGGAGCGUUCCUUUUAAAUUACCAGAUUCAAAGAGUCCAUUCAACUGCAAACUAAGGCAUCUCGGAGAAAAUACAUCAUGUAUGUCAAAAGAUGAGGGAAACUUGCACCCAAAUCCUCGCUUAUCUAAGCCUAAUAGUGACUCCAGCACAAAUUUCUCCAGUUCAGGGUCUACAAGCAGCAAGAAUGAAUUAAAUGAUUGCGCACAUGUAUUAAACAACAUACAUAAACAAACUGAACCAUCAAUAAUUGCUGAGCUUAAAGCCACAAUGCCUAGAACAACUGGUCUUCUAGCAGCACUUAAAUCACGUAAUCUGAAAAGAAGCCAUGGAGCUCUUCCAGCAGUAAGAGUUGAAUUUAAAGAUGAGCAGAAAUCAACAGAUGCAGGAGCCUCUACCAUUCAGUGUGGGACUGAAUCUUUGCCAGACAAUAACAGGAAAACAUCAUGUAAUAGAAAAUUGCAAAAGGCCAACAAUGAGAUGAAAACAAUCCGUGUAAGAAAGCAAACUGGAUAUUGCAUUGUAUCUCCUACUGGGAAUGGAAAGACAAAGCUGAAUGUUGGAUCAUUUGGUACAUUUGAAGCAUCAAAUACAAUGAAUAAAAAAGAAAGGACCUCAGCAAAAUUGGAAGUAAUGACCUUAACUGCGAAAAUCCAACACGGACAAUCAAUCAAGGGAUCUAGAAGACCUUUGCAGGAGAUUACUAAUGUAGGCAUGCCGCAAUUCCAAUGCCAGGGAUCUGCUGCUUUUGAGAAAGAAAACACAAAUUUAGCCACAGCUCCACACCAUAAAGUCAGCAUGGAAGGGGAAAAGAAGACAACUCGUGGUUAUUUAGUUCAAGCAAAAGUAAGAGACACAUCACAACCAAGGGUGAAAGCAAACCAGACUCGAUUGGUUAGGAAAGUGAGAAAGGGACCAUGACCUUUAUUCAACAUAAUAGAUAUCCAAUUCAUAUUUUCAUGUAGAAUGCAAUUUCUGAAACAUCUUGUCUAUAUUCAAAGACAGGAAAACAGAGAUUUGGAUUUGGUCUAAAAUUCAAACUCAGAGUUAAGGGUAAGAUGUAAUUUGUAGUAUUGCAGGUAUGAUCUAGUAUACUAUAAACUACCAUUACAUUUCCAGAGACGUCCUCAAACUGGAGACAGUUGUAGUUGAUCAUAGUGCUGUCAGAUUUUAUCUAAUCUUAUGAUCCAUUGCAGUCGAAAAAGUAAUCUGCACAUGUAACUCCUGCUCAAGCUCGUCUCUGAGAGAGAGGGUGAUACUCGUUACCAGUUGAUUUCCUAUGUAUCUUGUGACCUUAUGCUCGAGCAAUCUUCUGUAAUAUAAUUAGGAUCAUUUCUCUGAUGGGAAGAUGAGUCUUAAAGUAAUUUCACAUAUUUUUAAAUAUUCGAAGUAGUAGUGUUAUAAUGUUCUAUGUGAUCUGACACUGAAUUGAUGAAAAAUCUACCGGAAAGAUGUAAUAUAUGAUGUAUUUUAAAUCCGUAUAAAAAGAGUUGACCUUUCUUGUAUUGUUAAAUCCCAAAAUUCAACUAUGGUGUUAGAGACAUCGACUUGUA